AUGCUGCUGGAGGUUAACCGUAUUUGCCUUUGGCAGUAUGGAAAUGGAAGUGAUGGCCCUAUGGACUCUGAUGGAGAAGACGAAUUGCAUUUUAUGCCUACUUCUGAGUGUGAGGAUGGUACUACCCCGGGGGUCCUGGGAGAUUCUGCCGACGAACCCCGCCUAUUGGCAUCUCUAGUUCACCUUGGGGAUGUACUUGAAGUCAAAGUAAUUUUUUAA